AUGUAUAUUGCAAAUCCUAAUGGAAAUCUUGAUGGUAAUAAUACUAAAAUAAAAUUAGGUUGGUCAAUUUUAAAUGCACAAUUUCCGUACUUAACAAAUUGUGCUGGUAUUACUAUUUUUGGAGGCUUUGAUGAAAAUACCAUGAUUAGUAGAAGCUUUAGUAAUUUGGAUCCUCAUUAUUAGUUAGAACUGAAGUUCCAAAUUUUGAUGUAUAAAUAAUAUUAAGUUUACAAGAGUAGAUUCUUUAUCAACUGCUGACUUAGAAGUUGAAUUGGAUUAAGAUAAUUUUGCAGAAUCGAUGUCUACAUAAAUAAAUGAUCAAUAAAACUAUUGUGGAUAAAAUGAUAAAAAUGAAUAUAUUAAAUCAAUAUCAUUUUAAUUAGAACAUACAAAAGACAUUGUAAAUAUAUUCACUAAGAUAAAAUAAAAUAAUUAAUAAAGAGUAAUUAAUUUGUACUAUUUAUAGUUACAAUGGGGUAUAUUAAAAAUGGAGUUUUAAUUAGACAUCUGUUAUAUAGGAUGCACUUACUGUUCUGGCCCUAAACAAUCAGAUUGUUAGAGCUGGCACAAUUUGUUCUAUUCCUUUGAAAACACUUUAUUUUCCAAUUUAAUUGAAAUAAAUCACUAAACCCAUGAAUUUUCUUAGUAUUAUGAGUGUUCAUAAUGCGAAAGAAUUUUAAAUAUAGAUUUUGUUCAAACAAAUACCAAUACUCAAGUUUAAUUAAAGUAAUAUGAUAUUAUAUAAAUUAGAGAAAAUUUUCUAAUAAAUUAAGAGAUAAUAUUACAAUUAUAUGAUGAUGGAACAAUGUAAAUUAGUAUGAUUUUGGAUUAUGGAAUACGGGAAUUCAAUUUCAGACUUUAUUCUAGAUGGGGAAGUGUAGCUCAACAAGUCUAAAUAUAAUAUCAAUUGAUUUAUCAUGUAGAUGAAAUAGAAUUUCCUUUUUUUCCUGGUUGUUUAAAUUAUUUGAAUAAAUAAUGUUUGUAAUGUUAGGAAGGGUGGAAAUUUAAUACAAUAGAGAAGUAAUGUUAGCCUAUUUGCGGUAAUUAAAAAAUUGAAGGAUAUGAAGAAUGCGAUGAUGGUAAUUUUAAAGCGCAUGAUGGCUGUUUUGAAUGCAAAUAUUCAUGUAUUUAAAAUUGUAUACAUUGUUAAAUGGGUAUAUGUGAGUAAUGUGCAUCCGGAUUUAAAUUUGAUGAAAAGAUGGAAAAUUGCUUGCCAAUUUGUGGAGAUGGAAUGUUAGUUCCAUAAAUUUCAUAGGUUUGUAAUGAUGGUAAUUUAAUAUAAGAAGAAGAUUGCUAUCAAUGUAGGUAAGAAUGUGAUGAAUACUGUUCAAUUUGUAUUUAUUUUUAUUGCUUUUAAUGUAUGGAAGGUUUCUAAAUGGUGAAUGGUAUGUGCAAUCCUAUAUGUGGAGAUAAAAUUGUUUUACCAGAAUUUGAAGAGUGUGAUGAUGGUAACAAUCAAAAAAAUGAUGGAUGUCAUGAAUGUAAACUUUCUUGUUAUGAUGGAUGUGAAGUCUGUGAAAAAGGUAUAUGCAAAAUAGAUUGCAAAUUGUUAUAUGGAUAAGGAUAUUAUUUCAUUGAGGAUAGUUGUCAAUCAAUAUGUGGAGAUGGCAUAAUUGCAAUUAAUGAGGAAUGUGAUGACGGGAAUGAAAUUGAAUUUGAUGGUUGCUUUAACUGUCGAUAUACUUGUGAGACAAAUUGUCUGGAUUGUAAAUAAGGUGAAUGUUCCACAUAUCAAAGCAUUGUGGUAAUUUUAAAUUAGAAGGGGAAGAAUAAUGCGAUGAUGGGAAUCAAGAUCCAAAUGAUGGAUGUUAUUAUUGUUUUGUGGAACCUAGUUGGAAAUGUAAAAAUACAAGUGAUGGAAGCUUUUGCAGUUUUAUAAAUCCGCCUUAAUUUAUUUCUAAUUUCAGAUCAAUAAAUAAUAAUAAGCAAUUAGUUCUAUUCCAGUUCAAUUAGAAUAUAAAGAUUAUGA